UUCACGCAGGACGCAUAUUACAUUACUUGCCACACGACUCGCGUUUGGACACUUCACGAAUGUUAUCUUUGACGAAUCAGCUGAGAUACAUCAAAGAUAAUGACACAAACCAACAAACACUGUAGAUAGUUCAAAUCUACGUUAGUGUGAAACAUGGGAGUAAUGGGGGUUAGGAAUGAUAUGAAAGUGUUAGUAGUGAAAGUGCAAAAAGAAAAGACCUGCACCUGAACUAUGGUGGGAAAGGCAUGAUCGAAGUAAUACCAUAACCUGUCAUUUACCGGGACGACUGUCAUUAACGCUACGAAAUGGCUCAGUGCAAGUUGACACCCCAUGAAUUCAUCCAGAAUGCUUUUUCGCCACUUAUAGCCGCUAUGUGUAGCCCCUUGGUCGAUCAGGCAUGCCAGAAAAACAACUUAUCUUUUACAGAAAUGAUUCAGCCGUUUUGCAAAUUGAAUACAGAAGCCCAUUUCCGAGAACCAUCAGGUGGUGUUAUACCAGUGAGAAACUUAAGAUUUACAGUGUUGGAUGUUAACGCUCGGCCACCUCAGCCAACGCUGGCAAGGAAGUUUCUUAAUGAAUCUGUAAGCUUUGCAUCUAGUGAGCGCAACUACCCCAUCAAUAUAGGUGACCAGACUGUAGAAAUUCCAGCAUCUGCUCCGUGGUUUGAAGCAUGGAGAGAAACCUUUCUUCAGGUUCAGUUUCCCUCUGACCAUGAAUUCACAAAACAUUUCUUGGGCUGUAUAUUGGUUGUCUCUUCUGCUGAAACUAACCCUCUGGACAUGUUGGUGCACAUGGGACAGCAACUCCAACAGCUGCAGAAUGUUACUCCCGCAAAGCUGCCCAAGUGGUUUUGUCCUGAUGUUCUUCGAUAUUAUGUGCUGCUGCAUGAUGUAUCAGGCUCUACCAGUGAAAGGGCGGAAGCCGUAUUUGAGACAAUGAAAACUACGUAUGGAAUAAAUUCUUGCUAUAUGUUGCAGAUAAAUUCUAGAGUUGCAGGACAUAAGGAGGAUGUGAGUCACCUUCCAGACCCUUGGUGCCAAUUUCUCACCCGUCAGCAUGAUAGUCAGGAUGCCAGUGAUCACGAUAGUAGUCCACGGACUCCUGCAGAGGUUGGCGGGGUGACGGGUAUGCCGAGCUGUGUGAGUGCCGACGUUAGCUGUGACAGUGCCUCUCCAACUGAGGUAAUAAAGUCCGGCAGUGCUCUCGAAGUGGCCCAGGAAGCGGGCGAGAACUCACCUGUCCCGGUCACCCACCACCCCCUCAGCCCUGAUGCCGAUGUCCGAGAUUGUUUAGUAGUUAACUCAGACGAGAAACAGCACAAUGAAGUUCUCUCUGCUCCAUGCCACAUUAAUGACAACGUUUGGGCUGGCCAUUCUGCAGCUGGUGCCAACAACAUUGUUAUUCAGCAUGGCAGCUGCUUGAGUGCAAGCGAUUUGGAGCGGCUAAGAUUAUUUGCCCAAGAUUUCUGCCUUAAAUCUCUUCUCCCCUUUGUUGAAAAGCAAAUUCAGCUAUUGAGUGAUAUUAUUUCCAAUAAGAAAGGAGUCAGUAGGUCUCUUUUUAGUGCAACAAAACGUUGGUUCGGAAGCAACAAACCAGGGACACCAGGUGCAAAUAAUCCAGUAAAUGCAGUCAUCUAUAGUACUGACUCACCAGAACUGCAGCUGAGAAGACUCGGUGACUUGUGCUUCAUGUUUGGUCACUACACGUUGGCUUUCCAAGCAUACCAUUCUGCUAAGCGGGAUUUCUCUGCUGACCAAGCGUGGCUUUACUAUGCAGGAGCACUGGAAAUGGCAGCACUCUCUGCCUUUAUGCAAGGGGAGCCAACGAGGAAGGCACAGGAGUACAUGGAGGAGAGCAUAUCGACUUACCUCAACUCGUGCAAAAUGCCUCAGUUUGCGACUCGAGCAACACUACUCAGUACUGAGUGUCUCAAGGGUCGAAGUUUGUAUGGAGAAGCUGCAAAGCAGUUCAUCAGAAUGACAAGUGAAGAUUCUGACUUGCGCAGUGCUUUACUAUUGGAGCAAGCGUCCUACUGUUUCUUAAAGUCAACUCGACCUCGCAUGGCAAGAAAAUAUGCAUUCCAUAUUGUAUUAGCUGGACACCGUUUCUCCAAAGCUGGACAGCGAAAACAUUCACUCAGAUGCUACAAGCAGGCAUACCAAAUAUAUGAAAACAGAAACUGGAGUUUGGCUGAAGAUCAUAUCCAUUUCACGAUUGGCAGGCAAGCAGCAUACCUCAAACAAAUUUCAGAUGCCUCACUGUCAUUCUCCAAGCUUCUCACCCCAGCAAGCAAACAAUCAGCUCCUCAGCAGUCAGCUUUUCUUCGUGAAUAUCUCACUAUUCAGCAAUUAAUGGCAGAGGAGCGCAAUGUAUCGGACAAUUUAACUGUUCUUCCUCUACCAGUUGUGGACAAUGACAGCAUCAAAGUUUUACUUGGUUCGUUAACAUCAACACCCUCAAGUGAAGCAGCCAUAGUCUACGCAACUGGUGUUAAAUUUGAAGAUGAUCAGUCGGACAACAGAAGGUGGACAAAAUUAGAAGAGACAUUAGUAACUGAAGCACAAGGUACUUUGCCGAUGAUCUUCAGACCAACACUCCAACUUUUUUCCAAUGAGACUGUGAAUACCUCCAAACCCAUUGCUAUUGUGAGAGAGCCAAUAUAUGUGAGAAUAAUUCUGAAGAAUCCUUUACACAUUCCACUGCCUCUUUUGAAUGUUCAUUUAUUAUGGAACUUUAAAAAUGGUAAAAGUGAGAUAAGUAAUGAAUCCAGCAAAAGUACAAAGAAUGUUGAAAUUGAAACACAAUGCAUAGAUGCUGUUGUUGUUAAGCCGGACAGUGAUGAAGAGGUGAUACUCAGUGUUAUACCCAAGUGUGUUGGGGAAUUGAACAUUACUGGUGUUGCUUACCAUUUAACAAAUACAGCAAUACAACAAUUACCUGAACAAACAACUAACAAUGCUCCUAGUAUUAUAACUAUACCAGGAAAGCAAGUCUUCCGUGUAAGGUGCCCUCGUGCAAAAAUAACAAAAGACAAAGGAAGUCAAGAAAUAAAUGACAAAAGACUGGAAAUAAAUGUUGUAACAUCGGCACCUUGUCUUCAGGUAUCAUUUCAAAAUAUGAGUUCACAGAUGCUUUGUGGUGAAAUGCAGAAUGUUAGCAUACGUUUCAAGAACAUUGGUAGUGCUCCAUUGAGUAAUUUAUAUCUUGCAUCAUCUGUACCAGAAUUGAUUUCAUGUGCUGGUUAUCCAGUUUGUGAUACUGGACAGGGGACUAUUCCAGAAGUCAUAAAAAUUUCCCUUCCGGGUGGGCAACUUGCACCCGGUCAGAAACACAUGGAAUCCAUGUGGCUUCGUGCACCUGACUAUAGAGGCAUCACCAACUUAGAAAUUAUGUUUUACUAUGAAAAUAACAACACCAAAUGCAUUCCACGGUAUCGAUUAGUAAGACAUUCAUGGGAGAUAACCGUUUUGGGUUCAGUUCAGUGUACAUCUAUGGCAACAAACAGUUGUGUAGCCUCCACUGAUGAGAGUAGCCAAGUUUUGAAUCUGGCACUACAAGUUAAAAAUGUUAAUCAGGUACACGAUCCUAUAUUGACAGAGGUAUCAGUCUCUCAGGUUUCACUCGUCAGCAAAACAUGGCAGCUAUGUGGAAAAAUAGCUGUUCCUACAGGAGUGAAACUUCAGGCACAAGAGUCAAUCCACUUUGUGUUUAGUGCACGCAGACAGAAACACAAAAAGGAAAGAGCUGAUCCAUUUUCUGAUCUUCCCAUUGAAGACCAUGUAGAGAAUGUAACUUCUGCUAGGGAGAGCCCGUAUGUGGACUUCUAUAACAGACACAGGGCAAGAGUCAUCUCCAGUUCAGGGGCAGAUGAAACUGCAGAAGUCUCAAGGAAUUCUGUUGCUAGUCAACUAGAGAAUGAUGAUACUACCGGCAUGGAGGAGGCUCUCAAUAUUAAUGCAACCUUAAUUCUCAGGUGGCAGACGGAGAUUAGGAAUGGGAAAGGAACAAAAAGGAUGGCCCUAGGACAGCACCAUUUAAUACUGGAUAAAAUUGCAGUGUUGUCUGUUUCCUCAGCAGAUGAUGCUAAAGUACCAGUACCAUCAGAGAUUGAAGGUCCACUUAGGAUAUUUGGGCCAGAUGACUCAUCUUACAAGAGUGUCACUAGUGAAAAGUACCCCACUCUCGAUGUUCUCCAGAGGCUAGUCAUACAUAACAUUCGGCAUUUGCCUAGGGUGUGCCACGACUUUAGUGUAUCGAGGCUCUGCUUUGUACCUGUUCAGCUUCAGUUGCAGAACUGUUCAGAUACCAGUCUUGUUGUCAGGGUGAAUGCGUCAGACAGUGGAAGUUCAUCAUCAAGUAAAAACAAGCUGUAUUCUCCACAUUCUUCAAGUACGUUCCACUGGGUUGGCUUGGCAGGCUCGUGCUCAGAACUAAGUCCUCACGACAGUACUUCCGUGUCACUGUGUGCAGUUACGACGGGUCCAGGUACAUUCGACCUCGGUUCUUCUCUGGAAGUGUGGUGUCGUGCCCAUGGUGCUCCAGAAGCAGAUAGUGUGGCUCAAGUGUGGCAUGUUGAAUCAGCACUGGUAGUAGACAAUACGCCAGUUGUUCCUGUUUCUGAUACAAAAAUUGUGUAGUUUAUUAACUACAGUGGGAGUUCCUUAUUUUAGAGGUACUCAGGUCAUAAAUGAUGGUAUAGUGCCUAGUUUUCCAUUUGAGAUGUUUUAUGUGAAAGUAUUUAUCUUAAUCAUGCAUGGAAGUGUGUGCGUAUCUCUUACAAAGUGGUCCUUAAGAACUUUUUUAUUGUUUGCUAAUUUAUACAGUAAUGUAUGGUAUCAGAUAUUGAAAAUCAGAAAGAUUAUAUUCCAUUGAGCUGGACCCUGAGCAGCCUGCAUAAUAUUGCAUUCCUCUGUUGCUAAAAAUAAUAAGUGCUAGUAUAUGCAGUACAAAUAAGCAACUGCAGAGGAAUAUGUUAAAACCACUUCAUUAUUGGUAAAAUAAACAAGUUUAAAGAGAAACAUGAAGAUUUAAUUCUAAAAAAAAAAAAAAAAGUGGACUCUGCAUAUUAGUUGGACAUAUAUUGCAUUACUUUCUUGUUGAAGUUGCCAUUAUAUUUUUAUUUUUGUAUAUUGUACAUGCUCAUAUCUCAUUGAGAUAUUAUCAAUGUCAUCUUUUGUGAUAUAACUGAAGAAUCGGAAUAUUUUAUUUAUUUUUGAUUAAUUAGGAUCAGGUAUGUAUUUGCACUCCAAUGUUUUAGAUUUGCCAAGUAUGAUCACUAAAAUUCUUGGAAUAAAUCUGCCUCUGUUUGUUAUCCUAACGUUGUUUGUUUGGCAUGUACUUUCAGAAUAUUCCUAUUAGUGUAGUUCAAAUUAAUAUUUAUGUAAGUAAUAUUUUGUGAAAAUGAGGAUUUCAUUGACAGCUCUUUUACAUGUAUUUAAACACACAUUGUAAAACAUAGAAAGGAAUGCAAUUAUACGAAUUGGCGGGACAUGGUAAGAUUGAAAUAUUGCAGGAAAAUAAAUAUACGGUGUCUAAAAAAAAA